AGUGAAAGAAGGGAACAACACUUCACUCCCGGUCGUUUCACCCCGAUCAAACUUCCAGAAGGACAAACUAUAGAAGGAGUCGCUCAACUCUUGGACUUUCCCAGGCACAGACUGCGGCUCCUCGAGAAGCUCGGAGAAGGCGAUUUCGGAAUGGUGCAUCUGUGCGAAGCGGAAGGUCUUCCGGACUUCAACGGCGGCUCCUCCUUCCACAAGAAGCAACUUGUCAUCGUGAAGAGUCUCUGGAGGGGCUGCAAUGACACCAAAAGGCACGAAUUCUUGAGGGAGAGCAGCUGGUUGGCGGGAUUGCGCGACCCCAAUUUGGCGCGCGUCGUCGGUUUAUGCAGCCAGGACGAACCCAUGUGCGCCCUCCUCGAGCACUCGGACCUGGGGGAAUUGCCAAGGUUCCUGGCGCAGCGAGCCAACGAGGACGAUGACCAGUGUCCAUCGAUCAGUUACGGAUCGCUGAUAUACAUUGCAACGCAGAUUGCGUCAGGGAUGAAGUAUUUGGAGUCGCUGGAAUUGGUGCACAGGGAUUUAGCAGCUAGGAAUUGCGUAAUAGACAAGAACUUUACGGUGAAGGUAUCGGAUCACGCCAUGUACUGCGACCGCUACGAAUCCGACUAUUACAUCAGCGACACCAAAUCCAGACUUCCCAUCAGAUGGAUGUCAUGGGACAGCUUAUUAUUAGGAAGACAGACAACGAAAAGCGACGUGUGGUCAUUCGCCGUGACGCUUUGGGAGGUGCUGAUGUUCUGCAUGCAGCAACCUUAUGCAGAGUUGACUAGCGAACAGGUGGUGGAGAACAGCAACCAUUGGUACCAGAACGACGGUUGCCAAAGGUACCUUCCGCGACCUGCGACCUGCCCACGCGAGAUCUACGACCUGAUGGGCGAAUGCUGGAAGAGGAACGCGAGCGAUCGACCACGUUUCUCCGAGAUUCAUCUAUUCCUGCAACGCAAGAAUCUGGGCUUCCUCCCUGCUCCAAUCCAAUGCUAAAAACAACUAAACAACACUAGAUGCUGUACUAAACAACAACAACAACAAGAACAACAACAAUCUUGUUAUAGGAAUUCAAUAGAGAGCACAAGCGAAACAGAAACAUUUGGACCUACUUAACUAAUAAUAAUAAUAAUAACUAAGAUAUAGGAUAUAUUGACAAAACAAUAUUUAUAGCGUUUCCUCGUUUCCAAUUCCGUUGACUGAAACAAAUGAUAUAAACAAAACACUUCAACACACACCAAUUAGUUCUCUUGUUUCGAUUGUAAUCACUACAUCGUGCGUGAAAGCUUUGAAUUAUAGGGGUUUCUCUCAUCAACUUGUAUAAACUAUAAGGCUGAUUGUAUUUACAGAUGUCAAUCAAUUCUAAGUAGACACACUGCGAUCCGUUUCAUUCUUUUGCGUUCAAUUAAUCGAACCUUCAUCAGUGUAAACAUAUUGUGAUAUUAUUACACUUGCACUAAGCAAAGAAAAAACGCAAGUAAAUUGAAAGUGUAUAACCAUAUCUGAUAAAUGAAUAUAUUAUAUUGAGGUGAUGAUGAUGAUGAAAAAUGUAAAGA